AUGUUCGUCUUGGAGCCGCCUAGAAGAAUUGUUGCUUGGGUUUUGAGAUUCACGUCGAACCUGCUACGUCGUGUUCGAGAAAAAGAGAGUGUUAGAAGGGCUACGCAAACAACGACGAUCGCCCCAAUAACCGUCUCCGAAUUGCGUGAAGCUGAGAAGCAAAUCAUUAAGCACGUUCAACAAGUAGCCUUCUUAGAAGAAACUAGCAUAUUGGCGAAGAAAGAAAGCGAGGAAUCAAAUUGCAAGGGGAUAAAGAAAUCAAGCGCUAUUUAUCAACUAGAUCCCACCGUCAAAGACGGCCUGUUACGUGUUGGUGGACGACUACGACGAGCCGAGAUCAGCGAAGAAGCGAAACAUCCCUGUAUUCUGCCAAAAACCCACCACGUUGUCACCUUAAUCGUGAAUUAUUACCAUCAUGUCUCCGGACAUUCAGGCCUGGAGCACACGUUGUCUCUCAUCAGAGAGAGAUACUGGAUAAUCAAUGGAAGGUCAACGGUCAAGAAUAUCAUCGGAAAAUGCCACAGCUGCCGAAAACGUCAAUCCCCAGUGUCUCAACAAAAGAUGGCUGACCUUCCACGCGACAGAGUUACCCCUUCGAAGCCGCCGUUCACUUAUACCGGAGUUGAUUGCUUCGGACCCUUUGCAGUGAAACGAGGAAGAUCUACCGUUAAGCGAUACGGCGUCCUUUUCACCUGCCUCACUGUUCGCGCAAUCCACAUCGAAGUAGCCUCCUCUUUAUAG